GCAUAAGCUCUCGUUUAGUAGUGGAACCGAAAGCUCCCGUCGUGUGAGGGCAGCAGCCAAAACUCCUAUCGUUUACCGAGUUUUCUUGGAUUUAAUAUUGUACUUUUAGAGAAGUUUAAACGGCGCUCAGUUUGGAGUUUAGAAGGAUCUACGGGGUAUGAAAGAGGAGCGGGAGCCUCAAACUAAGUAAAAGAGGAGAUAGACCUGUCCGUUUGAUGGCUGCUGGGGAUGGAGCCCAGCUGCCGGCCACAGUAGCGGCCAGCCGGAGCGUGGAGAAGGCGCUUGAGGAGGCUGCCGCGAGUGGGGCUCUCAAUUUGUCCAACCGCAAACUGAAAGAGUUUCCCCGAAGCGCCCGGAACUACGACCUGUCCGACAUUACACAUGCAGAUCUGUCUAAGAACCGCCUCUGUGAGCUGCCGGAGGAGCUCUGUCAGUUCAUCUCUCUGGAGACACUGAGCCUUUACCACAAUGGGAUGCGUUCACUGUCCUCCAGCCUGGGCAACCUCCAGGCCCUCACCUACCUCAACCUCAGUCGUAAUCUUCUGUCCGGUUUACCGCCGUCGGUGUUCCAGCUUCCCCUCUUGCGAGUGCUCAUCGUCAGCAACAACAAGCUGUCUUCACUGCCCGCCUCCAUAUACUCCCUCACACACCUCCGACAGCUGGAUGUAAGCUGUAAUGAGUUGCAGUGUUUGCCCGCAGAGCUCAGUCAGCUAGAGUGUCUAAGGGAUUUAAACCUGAGGAGAAACCAGCUCACCACUUUGCCUGAAGAAAUAUCCGAGCUCCCACUUGUCCGGCUCGAUGUGUCCUGCAACCGCAUUUCCCAUGUGCCCUUGUGUUACCGCCACCUCCGGCAUCUCCAGAGCAUCUCGCUGGACAACAACCCGCUGCAAAUGCCACCUGCACAGAUCUGCUCCAAGGGCAAAUACCACAUCUUCAAGUACCUCAACAUGGAGGCCUGCAAGAGGAGCCAGGAGGAGCUGGAGAGACACCUGAGACCCACUGGAUUUAACAGCUGUCUGUCAGACCAGGAGCUGUUCACAGGUCAGUUUGGAGGCCUGGACUCUGGCUUCAACAGCGUAGACAGUGGCAGCAAGAGAUGGUCUGGGAAUGAGUCAGCAGAUGACUUUUCAGAGCGUUCCCUCCGCAUGGCUGAGGUCAGCAGAGACCAGAGGAACCUGGAGGAGGAGGAAGAGGAGGAUGAAUCUCCUCUGGAAGCUAACAAAGUGAAUGGAGAGGCUGAGCAGGUGGACUUCAUUGACAGUAGUGUGACAGAGGAAGAGGAGGAGGAGAUCAGAAGGGAUCCAUCCACACCUCCUCUCACAGCAGCUCCUGAGAAUCAGAAGGAGAGAUCUUCACCGUCCCAAACCCAGGACUCAACAAUAUGCAGGUCCAGUCUCCAUGUGGAGGUGGGCCCCCCAUCGUCAGUCUCCUCGUGUCCCCUAUCCCCCUCCAGCCCCACCCUGGAGGAGCGAAGGAGGCCCGGCACCUUGCUGAUCUGGCAGGAGAGAGAGCGGCUGCAGCAGCAAAGAGAGAAGGCCAGUUUGCUGAAGUCAUCGACCAAAACAGGAAGUCAUGUGGCCACGGCACCACAGACAGGAAGUAGCUCAGCUGGUGCAUCUCCAGAGAACAGCAACUCCCACUCAGGCCUGCGGCAGAGAUGUGCAAGCGCUGAACAGAUGAGCACAGUGUCUCCUUCAGUACUUCUACAGCGCUCCAGCAGUAGAACAGAUGUUCCGUCCUCCUCGAAGACAUCCCUUCCCACUGGACAGGCCCAGAAACCCAACAGCUUCCUGUUCCGCACCUCCUCCCGCAGUAAUGUCAAAGCCACAGGGCCAGUCUUUACUCUGGGGGAUUCUGGCAGAAGUGAGUCUCGCAUGACGCUGCGUUCUCCUAGAGAAGAGAGAUCAGACAUCACACAACUACGCAAGACUCUGGAGACUCGUCUGAAGAUCAAUCUACCGGAGGAUCUGGGUGAGGCCUUAUCCAAUGGCACCAUCCUCUGCCAGCUGGUCAAUCAGAUUCGACCACGCUCCGUGUCGAUCAUCCACAUUCCCUCCCCAGCAGUGCCAAAACUGAGCACAGCAAAGUCUCAACUCAACGUGGAAAACUUCAUUGUUGCUUGUCGCAAGCUGGGAGUCCCUGAGACGGAUGUAUGUGUGUGCUCUGAUGUGCUUCUGUGUAAGCUGCCCGCUGUGCUGCGCUGUGUGACGGCCCUGCUGGCCGUGGAGAGGGGUGGAAUGGAGGAGGACCACUCCCCUUGCCACUCCUCACCUUCGUCUUCAUCGUCCCUCUCCUCCUCACUGCUGUCCACAGAUUUCCUGCUCUUCUACUGUGUGGCCAUGGCCCUGCUCUACGUCCUCUACUGCUACCUGCUCGCCUAGAGGAGACACUCACAACACUAAGUACUUAUAUAGUCACAUGUUGAGCUGCUCUACAUGCAUACUGACCACACACACGCACACAUUGACUUGUGUGGCGCAGUCACAGCUGAAAAGUUUGAGGCCAACACGCAGCUGUUCCCACAUUUGUCAUCUCAGACAAUACUCCGCAUUAUGUGUGUGUGUUUUCAGUAUGCAUACUCUCUGUGACUGUAGAGCAGAUGUCAUAAGUCGUGAGAGUUUGUUGACACUCCACAGCUGCCCUGUUUGGCUGUUAGUCAUAUAGAGCAUGCAGCCGAGCACCUCUUAAGAAAGACAACAGAAUAGACUACACGCAGUUCUUCAUUUUGACGUUUAGAGGAAUAGAAAUCAUUAAAGUGAAGGACAAAUACUGUAUGAGAGCAGAUGAACAUUGAAAUGCCUUAGCCUAGUUUAGCCUUCACUGUAACGCAGAGAACGUUUGUUUUCUGUUAAACUCUCUGAAGCAGAGGUGCUCCGAGGCAAAAACAAUCUCGCUGGUUGAGACAUGAAUGGGUAGAGCAAAGGAAGCGCAUCCUCAGUCAAACCCCAGUAACAUAGUAUACCUUAGGCUCAUCAUAUACUUGCCUUUCACCACUGCGCACUUGUAGAUGAGCGGGAUGUAUAACCCCUAUGAGACAGAUCAGGGCUGAAUCAUUACCAAUCAAUACUACACAUCAAUAUACAGAUCAAAACAUGGAGACACUCAAUAUAGCUUCUGUAUUUAUAAUAUCAAGCUCAGGGCGCACAACGCAGCAACAAGCAAUUGCUCUUCAAAACUUUUGUCUUUACUUUGUUUGUUGUUUGGUUUGUUCUGCUGCUUAUCUUAAUUCAUAUACUGACAUUCUCAACUAACACCCAACAAAUGCAGGAUAUAUGGUGCAGCCAUCAAGCACAUGUGAAUACAUAGUAAACAUUAAAGCUGCAUUAUUUAUUUAUUUAUUUUGGGGGGGGGGUGCAAGAUGCUGGCAAUACAAAUAUAUAAUAUAAUAAUAUAAAAUUGUGCUUCAGUCAACAGUGAGUGAGCUAACUUUAUAGAGCUGAGAUUAGAGUAGAGUUGGGUGAUAAUUCUCUGUGGGUUGGUCACAAGUGACACUUUUUAUAUUCCACAUAAUCAUUUGGUCCAUUGUUAAUAUAAAAUAUAUUGAUUAGUGCAGCUUUACUUCUUAAUUCCAACUGUGUAGUAUGCAUGUGUCACAGUAUUUCAUACAUUUACACUGGAAAAACUAUAUACUUCUAGCUAAAAUGCCAACAUGCAGACUAAAAAUUAGAGAUUUGUGUGUUGCAUAUACAGUGUGUUCUGGGAACUGCUGUUUGUUAAAACUUGGGUUUGACUCUUGAAGCGCUGGCCAUCUUUCUAUCAGUUAUGAUUACGUUGUACCUACCAAAGUAAUAGCUGAGAUCUGGGCAUGUGGCAGUGUCAUUAACAACAAACGCGGAACUGUGAAUGGCUGGAUGGAUUUUUUUUUUUCUAACACUUAAUUUCCAACAAAACUUCGCGUCACUCAACCAAAAAGACUGUUGUGCUUUAGAGUUGUAACCUAACCACUGAGAUUAUUUCUGCCUCCAGAGCAGCUCUCUCUGCGGAAUGUAACAACUCAGUCCGCAUGUUUGUAGACAGACCACUUGUCCUGAGAGAGAAGCUGUUGAAGUAACCUGAGAAUGAAUUGUGAAUGUGAUUUUGUAGCCUUGAGACAGAUACAAGUUAGUUAAUAUGGAACCUGGAUGUAUAGUGAUGUUAUUUCUCACACAGCAACGUGACAGUGAGACAAUUGAUACAGUGCCUCUUAUUGAAUGAACACUGACCAAGACCACUUGCAGAGACUGCUCUUGUUUUUGGGUCUGCUAUGUAAACUUUGAGCAGCAGGGGGCAAUGUCAAUGCAUCAAUCCCCCUCAAAGCUUCAUGUGUCCAAACUGACGGUACAAACCCCUCAAGGAGGUUGUGUGUGUUAAGUAUUUUUUGUCGUUGUCACUGAUCUGUUUGACCAGCUGACUUCAUGUUUGUAUAAAUGUAAACAGGUUAUUAAAUUAUUUCUUUAUUAUUUAUUUUGUUCUGUUUUUGGUUAUUUCUGUCUUUGGUGAAUCAGCAAAGGCUUCAUUAAUUUGGUUAAGCCUGUAAGCCUGUUAAGCCUUAGAAGUAAUCAAUAUUCAAUUAUUCAGAGUUAAAAUAACAUUGAUUGUUUAAAAAUUUUCCCCUCCUUUGGAUAGGUAAAUAAUUGAUUCCCUAGAGGCUACACAUUUAAAAGAGCAUCAAAUGGUCUGUGCUGUUUCUGCCACAUGCUGUGUCAGGCUUAUUACUCAUAGAAGGUCAAUGUCUGCAAUUGGAAUUGAUUACAAUGCUUAUUUGACUGAUUUGAGGUACAAAAGAUAGUAUCAAUGAGAGAAAGAUGUUUGGGAUUCAGGAUGCUAAAGCCCUAAAAAUAAAGUUUCUAAACAAAGUUGUCCCUAUAAUGGGACACUAAAACUUUGUACUGGAAUUCAAAGAAAGGAAAAAAUGAAGGUGGGUGACCAACAUAAAUUAUAUAUAGGGAAAAAUUCAAUAAAAAAUGUUAGGGGAAAUUAAUUGAAUAAAUAGUCUGAAUAAUAUUUUUUUGUUUUCUGUAGCUGUGGUAAGAGACGAGCAUCAUAAUAUCAAAAAUGAACCGUAGUGAUAUUGUCCCCCUAUCAGCAAACCAUAUAUUGGUCUAAACCUACUCCCAAAGUACUAAAGCAGGAUUUAUUCUCUUAAAAAGUGUUCAGUGUUAAACAAGUAAAUAAGCAUAUGACUAAAUCAUAUGUAUAAAUUGUGUACAAAAUAUAAAUUAACCAAUAAUUUGUCAUACCAAAUAAGAAAUUAUUAAAACUAAACUCAUUAUUAUAAGAUUUUAUUUCAUUAUUCAAAUUUUCCAAAUUCCUGCAGUCAACUGUUAGAUGUCUUUUGUCUCUUGAUGACUUCUAUGCUUGAGCCCUGAAUUAGCACCAUUUCUUGAACUCCCGUGUCCUCCAUGCAAUAUCGAAGUCAGUGCUGUUCAUAUCUUGGGUUCUCUUGCCCUUCCUUUCAUGUCUUUCUUGCCCCGCACUUGAAGCCAAAGCUUUCAAGUCUGUGGGUCUCAGAUGGCGGUCCUCGCCACUGUUUCUGUGCAUUAAUUGUCAGGAGCAUUCAGCUUGACCAACUGUCUUAGCUGGAGUGCUGGAGUAAUGUGACACAAGCUUGAUAAGCCCUAUCCUGCCAUCCUUGUGGCUGUCGUCAACCCACUAUCUGUUGUUAAGGGCUCCAGGUGCAAUCAUUUCUUGCAUGAACGCAUGAACGUCCCUGUCACACAAACUCAGCUUGGUAUGGCCUCCAUACCAUUGUAAGCAAUGUAUAUGACCCUCGGUAGGGCAUAUGCCUUGAAUAGCUCCAGCUUUUGGAAAGGCUUCAGCACAGCUACAGAGACUUUCCAGGUUUUUUUUAUAUAUAUAUAU